AUGAAGUUGAAGUACAGAGUUGUUUUUCUGGCAGCUGUACUUGCAUGCCUUUUCGAGCCUCUUGCAUCACUGGCCCAUGUAAUUGGUGUCGACUUAGGAUCCGAGUAUAUUAAAGUAGCUGGGCCACACGGCGACAAAGGCAUCGACAUUGUUCUCAAUGAGCAGUCGCGACGGAAAACGGACAACUUUAUCGGAUUUCAUCGGAGCGAUCUUUACAUUGGUGAUACAGCAAAGAGUCUGGCCGCACGGUUUCCCCUGUGCACUGCAAGUGCGGUCAACCAGCUCAUCGGAAUUCGAAAAGACUCACAUCUUCUUUCAUUUUUCUUUGAUUUGCACUAUGAAUACCACAUCGGUUUUAACAACCAUGGCUCGGCGAUUGUGAGCAUCUGCGAUAACAAGGAUCCGUUUACUGCCGAGGAGCUCUAUUCCAUGGUACUAUCGUACUGCAGAACCGCUGCUGUGAAUGAUGAGGUUGUGGAUCCAAAUGGUAUCGUCGUCACGAUACCAUUUCACACAUCGCCAGCGGCGCGGCGGGCUAUCCUUGAUGCGGCUCGCCUUUCAGGGUUGAAUGUUCUGGGUCUCAUGCAUUCCACUACAGCUGCUGCUUUUUACUACGGCGUGCGGCAUCGCGGCUUUGGCAACAAUUCACUAAAGAUGGUUGUUUUUGACCUGGGCUCGACACAUACUGAGGUUGGUGUCUACGAAUUUUUGCCAGCUGCGAAGCGAGCACCUUUUUCCAGUGCCUUUGGGGUGCUGAGGACACUCGGCGUUGUCGAGGAUCGGUCUCUUGGAGGUCGUGCCUUUGACUUGUGUGUUGCGCGGGUGAUCGAAAAAGAGGCGCGUACGAAGCUUGGGAUUGAGCCCGUGCUGGGUGGGCUGAGUGCUGUGCAGCUGAAGUCGCAGUUUUCCCUUCUUCGUGCUGCAAAUAAGGUUCGUGAAACGCUCUCUGUAAACAGCAACACACCUUACACAGUGGAGGGUAUUGCCCCGGAUCGAGACUUCCACUCCAGCAUGACGCGCGCCACUUUCGAAUCUGAAUGCGACCCUCUUUUCCAACGAGUGAAGGGUUUGGCUGCGAACGUAGCAUCAGUAGUGAAUAUUUCAUUCGAGGAGAUCAAUUCCUUUGAGAUGAUGGGAGGGUUGUCGCGUACGCCAAGGAUCAUCGCAGACCUCUCCAAGGUAAUUGGACGAGGUGUGGAUCGCACUAUGAAUAUGGAUGAGGCAGCAGCGAUUGGUGCUGGCUACUAUGCCGCGAAGUUAUCACCUCUAUACCAUGCAAAAUCUCUAAAGCUGGACGAGACGAUUCCGUACAGAAUCGACUUUGAGGUAGACCCUCCUUUGAGCAAGGAAAAACCUGCAGCCAGGCGACCUUUAUUCAGUGUGGCCGACUUUCUUCUGGGCGACUCAGUCAGCCUCACAUUCAAUCGGACGGAGGAUUUUUCGAUCAAUUUUUACACUGAAGGUGAUGCCACCAGGCCGUUUGUAAGUGUCACCGUCACUGGGGUGAAGCAGGCGCUUACUAGGAUGAACUCAUUGCCAUCUGUGGUCAAGCAUGCAAACAACAGUCACAUGAUUCGACUGCAGAUCGUGCUGAACGAAACUGGUCUCGUGCAGGUCGAGUAUGCAGAGGCGGUUGUGCGCUACGCUGAGGAGGUCACGCAAAAUACGAGGGAAAACGUAACAGGUGAGCAAUCUAGCGAAACGAAACCAGUUGAAAAGUCUGUUAAGGUAGUAAAGAUGCGCCACCAAGUAGUGGACCUGACUGCGACGCUUGCGUGGAAGAACCCUACUGAGCUGACGUCUGAAGAAAUGGAAUCCUCACAAGCCAAGCUGAAAACGAUCUGGCAUGCAGAGCAUGUGAAGCACCUCCGCGCGACGGCGAAGAACAAUUUGGAGACGUACAUCUUCUGGACCAAGUAUGAAGGUGUAGCCGAUAACGCUGAGCUGACAGCCACUGCUGGUGCGACUGCCAUUCAGCGUGUGAUGGACGAAGUCACGGCUGUACAGGAGUGGCUUGAAGGCGGAGAGGGAGCAUUAGACCACUGCGCUGCUUCCGAGUACGACUCACGACUGGGGAACCUUCGCAAGAUGGUUUCUGAGCUAACGAAGAAGCCUGAGGAAGCCACGAAUAUAGUGACAGAGAGUUCUGAUGACUAUAACGAAGACGAUUUGUGA